AUGGAAGAUGUGAUGCAAGCUAUGAGGGGAAAAGGCUUCGCUACCACCAUAGAUGACCUUGUUCAAAAAACAAAUUUUCCAUUUAGCCCGACUAUCAUGAGAUGUCCUUUGCCUAGCAAGUUCAAGAUGCCAACACUUGAAAGCUUUGAUGGGACUCGUGAUCCUCUUGAUCACCCGGAGACUUUCCAGGCACUUAUGCAUCUCGAAGCUGUACCAGACCAGAUAAUGUGUCGGGCCUUGUCUAAUACUCUUAAAGGGUCGGCACGGGUCUGGUUUAAUAAAUUAAAACCAGGCUCGAUCGAGACCUUUGUAGAGCUGAGCAAGGGAUUUGUAAGUCAUUUCAUUGUAGGUCAAAGGCACAGGAGGCCAGCCACUUACCUGCUUACCGUGAAACAACAGAAGGGAGAACCAUUAUGGGAAUAUAUCAAUCGGUUCAACACCGAAAUGCUGCAGGUGGAUGAAGCUGAUGACAAGGUAGCACUCACCGCCUUCAUGGGAGGAUUGCAUACAUCUAGAUUCCUUUUUUCCUUGUCAAAGGAACCUCCAACCAGUAUGGCAAAAUUACUGGUUAGAGCCAGGAAACACAUGAAUGUGGAGGAUGCAAUGAGUGCGCGAAAGGGGAAAGAAGGAGAAGAUAAAAAGGCGGAUAAAAAGAGACCACAGCCUAGUGCCAAGGGUGAGAAGGAGACCAAAUUCAAAAAGUCUUCAAUCAAUCAAAGUGAAAGGACAUCUCGUUACAGGAGCUCAGAUAAGUAUACCAACUACACCCUACUCACUAUGUCUAUAGAUCAGGUUUUAAUGCAGAUUCAAGAUGAUCCCUCCCUGAAGUGGCCAUCGAAGCUGAAAUCUGAUUCCUCAAGAAGGCCUCGAGACAAAUAUUGCAGGUUCCAUAGAGAUCAUGGGCAUAUCACGGAGGAUUGUAUCGACUUAAAAUAUCAGAUUGGGAAUUUGAUUUGA